UGUGCCACAUGACACUGUUGUUUUAAGUGAGGGGCGGUGUCACGUGUGACGUAUACGUGAAAGUGUUGACUUGAGACACAACCUGUCCUGGACGUAACAAUCUGAAGAUUUCUUUGAAGGAGUGCACUCUCUCAUCCUGUCUUAUUUUGUAUAUAUUGCUUUUAGUCAGAUUAUCUAAUUUAUUCGGAGACCAUGGCUGAAAGCGACUGGGACUCUGUGACUGUCUUGAGGAAGAAAGGCCCGUCUUCAGCGCAGGCGAAAUCAAAGCAGGCCAUAGCACAAGCUCAGAGACGUGGUGAAGAAGUUGAGACCACUAAGAAAUGGGCUGCGGGUCAGAACAAGCAACAUCUGGUGACCAAGAACACGGCCAAGCUGGACCGCGAGACGGAGGAGCUGCACCACACCCGCGUGCCCCUGGAGGUGGGCAGAGUGAUCCAGCAGGGACGCUCCAACAAGGGACUCACCCAGAAGGACUUGGCCACUAAAAUCAACGAGAAACCUCAGAUUAUCGCUGACUAUGAAACCGGAAAGGCAAUACCCAACAACCAAGUCAUGGGCAAGAUUGAAAGAGCCAUUGGCCUGAAGUUGCGCGGGAGGGAGAUUGGACAACCCCUCGAACCCAAGCCAAAAAAGAAAUGAAAAUAAAGCCUCAGCCUUCCCUGCACCUGCACCCGCACCCGCACCUGCACCUGCACCCGCACCUUCACCCCCGCUGCACCUGACUCCUCCCACACCUGUCACCCUUCACUUCUUCUUCUCCUUGUUUGCAUCUCCUCACCUCAUUCCACCUCACCCACUGCCUCCAUCUCUGAGCUGUGCGGUCUUUCACCUGCCCCCUGGAAGCCAUUCUCUUGACUGCUUUAAUAUCCUACCUCUUUACAGCCCUCUCCUGCUUGACUCCCUACCCCUUACCCCCCCUUGCCCUGGUUGCCUCCCCACCCCAAAUCCUUCCUCUCCCCCCUUGCCAUCUCAUCUCACCCCCUUCCUCUCCUCCCAUCCCCUUCUUCUCCCUUGGCUCCCGUGCCUCGCCAUCUCAUUUCCCUCCUCUCCCCCCCCUGACGCCCUACCCAGCUGCCCACGCCACGCCACCCCUAACCUCUCCUCCAUCUCCCACCUCUAACCUCUUCUACAUCCUCCACCCCUAUCCUCUCCCCAGCCCUUCCCCUUGGGUCUUAGUAUGACCUGGUGCUCUCCCUGCAUUCCCUGCGGCCGCAUUCAUGACGAGCUGAGCAGAAAUCCAUGUUCUUCACACUAGAGAAUGAGUACAUUGCAAAAUGUGCAAAACCACAAGUUUGAGAAAAAAAAAACACUUAAAGUGCUGUGAUCUCUCAGUUAAAUGUUUUGCUUUGGCAUGAAAUGUUCUUACUCCAUGUUUUUCUUUGUGUCUUUUGAGCAAGCCAAGCAUUGGAAACCAAUCAGUGAUUUGUUCAGUUUGUUUACCGUUUGCCUUGUUUUAGUAGGUUGAUUUAGGAGCAUGCUCUGUCCGUUUUAGUAUUGCUUGACUUGUGGCCUUCUCACCCAUUUACAGUUUGGGUCAAAGUUCAACAUAUGAUGGACAUGUCCUGUAGGAAAAAAGCUUUGUUUGAGGCUAAUAAAGUUUGAAACAUUUGGCAAUAAACUUUGGUUGGCAUGAA